GCAUCUCUUCUCCUACAGCUUUCUGCAACCGUUUCGACUGCAGAGGACGAUGGCCCCCAUCGACGAAGACGAGUACUCAUCGGAAGGAGAAGGGGAGGACGUUGAGACGACAGUGCUGCUGGGAGUGCCCGAUGUGCCCAUCACCAACGAGAAGGAUUUGGUUGAUGCCGCUGUCUCCCGUAUCGGUGGUCAUCCUGCCUUCGUUUCCACCGACCCUCCAUUUUCCUCGUCGCAGUGCAAGAUAUGCUCACGACCAAUGGAACUGCUUGUCCAAAUGUGGUGUCCUUUCGAGGACAGUCCAAUGGAUCGAGCGCUCUAUGUUUGGGGUUGUGCUAUUCCUGAAUGUCAAUCCAAAAGCGGCAGCGUUCGGGCAUGGCGAGGUCUGCGCCGUAAUGACGAGUACGCUGCAAAGCUAGAGAAGAAAGCUGCUAAGCUCAAGCCGAAAGCAGCCUCCAGCAUUCCCAGUCUCAAUCCUUUUUCCGCUACGAGUGGUGGAUCUUUCAGUCCUAAUGCGUUCGGUCUGGGAACUCAGAUCUUCGGUGAUUCGACUCCGGCUGCUUCAGAAAAAGCGGAGGAAGGAUCAGACAGCGACGAAGAAGCCUCGGAUGAGGAAAUGAUUACGGCUCUCGCUGCCACAACGCUCGAGGAUUCUCCGUGGAAGGCUGCCCCAUCUUAUCCGCCAUUAUAUCUGAACACAGAGUCAGAGUACAUCCCUGCGACCCAGAAGCUCAAGCUCCCACCCGGUGUCCAGGUUGUAGACAAUCUGGAUGACGAUCCGAAAGGCAACAAGGACGUCUCCUGGAUUGCAGAAGCGUACGAGAACUCGUUGGAUGUUGAUGUCGUCUUUGAACGCUUCAGCAAACGAGUGGGCUACGAUGGUGAUCAAUGUGUUCGAUAUGAACUGGAUGGGCAACCUUUGCCGUAUGCUUCAGACGACGUCUUCGAACAUCUGUUCCCCAAGCCGCCGUCUGCACCGCUCCCGGUCAUGAAAGCUGCUUUCACGGUCGUCCCACCUCUCAAACGGGUCUACAAUCCUUCCUGUAUUCCCCUGUGUCCGUUCUGCAAGGCGAAACGUGUAUUCGAAUGUCAACUUAUGCCCAAUCUGAUCAAUGUCGUGCGAGAGGCCAAGGUUGAAAAUCAAAGGCUAACAGACGAGGAGAGGCGCAAAGUGGUUGAGCAAGAACUCAGGAAGGGCGGAUCUGGACGAGGGAUGGACCUCAAUAUUCCCAAUCCUCCCUCAAGAAAAGACCACCCGCAAGACGACACGAUGGUCAAAGUCUACAAGCCUGGCAAGGUCGCGCUUCUGCUUUCUGGACGGCAGGCAGGGAAGAAGGUCGUUGUGAUCAAGCAGCUGGAUGAUGGAACAAAAGAGCGCCCCUACCCGCACGCUAUUGUUGCCGGUAUCGAGCGUUACCCCCGCAAGGUGACUCGGCGUAUGGGCCAGAAGAAGGUAUCCCGCAGGAGUAAGGUGAAGCCUUUCAUCAAGGUGGUCAACUAUUCGCACCUUUUCCCCACACGUUACGCAUUGGAGUUGGAAGGGCUCAAGGGCACUGUAUCGAACGACACCUUCAAGGAGCCCACGCAGCGUGAGGACGCCAAGAAGACGAUCAAAAAGUUGCUCGAGGACCGGUACACUGCUGGAAAGAAUCGGUGGUUCUUCACUCCUCUGCGGUUCUAAGUGCUGCUGGACGUCUUGUUACUAUGCUGUCCUCGUAAAACACUACUGUAUGGCUCAUGAUGACUUAUGCACACGUCCGAUUUUCCAUGUGUACGCGAAUGUCAGAACACCGUCUGAAAUAGUUUGCACGUCUGGCAAGAUGUC